CUCUUCUCCCGCAAAGUAUUUCCGAUGAAAACAAAAGCCUGUGACUCUUCUUACCAGGCGGGCGAGCUUUUAAAGCAUGCAGCCAGCGGGCCUCCUCCGCAAAGUGAAGUACAACAUGUUCCUUCACUUGAAAAGACUCACUGAUGUCCGAUGUGGUUCAAUCAGAAAGGUCAGGCAUUGCACUGUGUGCCAUGCAACAUUUGUUUUUAUCACGGAAUGCACGGAGCUGCAAGGAAUCUCUUCCCUCCAUUAUAGCCAAAAUAUUGUAAACAAGGUAAAGAUAAUCACCCUAUCUCAAUGAUUGUGCAGUACAGCUUUGUUUUUGUGUUGUGUGUCAUAGGCACUAAUCAUAUUACAUGUACACUUACUGCUUCCAGUUCUGCUUAAUAUUGGUGACACACUGCUCCUUCACAUGACUUUCCCAACACUCCCCACCCGAGUGACCCUUAUAAAACAGCAGUCGAUGUGACACUUCUGAACAGUAAAUUAGUUGGCUGUCUGUGGAAUAUGUUGUCUCUCCUCUGGCAAGGUUAUGUUGUCUAUUAGAGAGGAGAUACAGCAGGAGAUGUGGAUAGAGUGGAGUCCGAUCUGGCCUCUAUUCCUGCCUGCACACAUUCUGCUGAGUCAGGAGGCUUUGUGGAAGUCAGUCAACAGCAACUCAGUGAGGCCACGAGCCAGAGGGGCUGGUGGGAAACUGCUACUACAGCCGUGGCUCCGGCUGAUGAAUCUACUCGUUACUCCAAACGUUUCUCUGUUGAUUAGCAGACCUGCUUAGAGAAGAGCGGGCUGUUGCAGUCAGGCAGCAUCAUGGAGGCUGGAUGUGUGGUUGCCGCGGUGAUUGAGAAUGCUGCCUCAGGACCCCGGGGUGAACCAGGAAGUGGUGACGUCCUUGAGGGAUAUGUCAUCCCAUCUGCUGAUCUGGACAAAGACGAUGCCUUACCUCAAGCCGCCAACAAUAAUCCUCCAGAAGAGAAACAGCCACAGGAGACAUCCACUGCCAUGGUGAGGAGUGAUGACAUCACAGAGCACCCAGCUGAGCCCCUCCUGCGCUCCUGCGUCAGCACGGCUAGCAUGAAGGUCAAGAACAUGAAGAAGCUGACGUUUCCCAGAGGUCACUUCCCCAGGUUGGAAGAGUGUGCCCAUUUCCACUAUGAGACCGUGGAUUUUGGCAACGUUCAGUUGGACUUCGCAGACGGGCAGAGUGAAGGACCGAAGGCUGGUCUGGACUCCAAAGAGCUGGUCUUUCUGAUCCAGAUCACUUGCCAGGCUCGAAACUGGCUUGUAAAGAGAUCCUAUGAAGACUUCCGAGUGCUGGACAAACAUCUGCACUUGUGUAUCUAUGACCGCCGUUACUCCCACCUCACCGAGCUGCCACGACACGACACAUUAAAGGACACUGUUGAGACAGUAACCAAGAUGCUGGCCACCUACCUGUCCCGCUUCUCAGCCAUUGCUGACAACAAGAUCAACUGUGGUCCAGUGCUCACAUGGAUGGAGAUUGACAACAAGGGGAACCAUUUGCUGGUGUCUGAGGAAGCCUCAAUCAAUGUCCCUGCUAUUGCUGCUGCCCACGUCACCAAACGUUACACAGCCCAGGCCACAGAUGAGUUGACUUUUGAGGUGGGGGACAUUGUGUCAGUCAUAGACAUGCCGCCCAAAGAAGACACAGGCUGGUGGAGAGGGAAACAUGGCUUUCAGGUUGGUUUCUUCCCCUGCGACUGUGUUGAGCUGAUAAAUGACAAGAUUCCCCCCAGUGUUCAAAGCUCGGUGCCGAAGCCAGUGUGUAAGAAGCACGGGAAGCUGGUAACGUUCCUAAGGACUUUUAUGAAGUCUCGACCGCCGCCUCAGAAGCUGCGGCAGCGCGGCAUCCUCAGAGAGAGAGUGUUUGGCUGUGACCUGGGGGAACAUCUGCACAAUUCGGGACAUGAGGUCCCGCAGGUUGUUAAGAGCUGUGCUGACUUUAUAGAGAAAAAUGGAGUCGUGGACGGAAUCUAUAGGCUGUCUGGGAUCUCCUCCAAUAUCCAGAAACUGAGGCACGAGUUUGACUCAGAACAGAUCCCCGACCUGACCAGGGAAGUCUUCAGACAGGAUAUCCACUCAGUGGGCUCACUCUGCAAGCUGUACUUCAGAGAGCUGCCCAACCCUCUGCUCACCUACCAGCUCUACGACAGAUUCUCAGAGGCCGUGUCUGCAGCCACAGAUGAGGAGAGGCUCGUCAAAAUCCACAACGUCAUCCAGCAGCUGCCUCCUCCACACUACAGGACUCUGGAGUACCUCAUGAGACACCUGUCCCACCUGGCCACCUUCAGCCCCAUCACUAACAUGCACACUAAAAACCUGGCUAUCGUCUGGGCGCCUAACCUCCUCAGGUCCAGACAGAUCGAGUCGGCCUGUUUUAGCGGCACAGCAGCGUUCAUGGAGGUGCGCAUCCAGUCGGUGGUGGUGGAGUUCAUCCUCAACAACACCGAGGCUCUUUUCAGCGCUAAACUCAAUGCCGUCAUACGUGAAAGCACAGGUAACAACACCUUAUCCAGACCCAAAUCCCUGCUGGUCUGCUCCCCGUCCACAAAGUUGCUGUCUCUGGAGGAGGCCCAGGCUCGCACUCAGGCACAGCUGAGCUCCCCGGCCACCUCCCCCUGCCUCACCCACAGCGACUACAUCGAGGUCGGGGAGGGACCCGGAGCUCUCCUCGGCAAGUUCCACACAGUCAUCGAGCUCCCGAUGGAGAGCGGAAAGCGGCCUCCUGUUAAGGCUAAGAAGUCUCCUGUGGGGAAUUGGCUCUCCUUUUUCCACCUGGGCAAGUCCCACUCUGUGUCCAAACGUAAACUGAAGCGACACCCCAGCGAGCCUAACGAGAUAAAGAGCAUUGCGCUGCCAGGCGGAAGAGGAGAUAGCGGCACAUUGCGCUCCACCAAAAGCGAGGAAUCCCUCACCUCUUUGCACAAUGUGGAAGGAGAACCCCAGAGUUACCGCUCCCGCAGACCUCGUUCGACUAGUGAGGCCGCUUCUGGCGUCCGUAGAGACGACGUACGCAGCACCAGAACUAAAGACGACCACAGAGCCCACCCACUGAAUGGGAGUCAUAACGGUGCCGAUCGUGUCCGCGCCGCAGCAUGUAUUUCGCCUCCACACCAAGAAGACGAUAUCGAUCUUUGUCCGCCCGCUGCAGGCAUCUAUAGUUUGGACUUUGACCCCAUGUCUUUUCAAUGCAGCCUGCCCUCAGCAACCCCUGGGCUGCAACACAAGAAAGAUGGAAAUAAAUGGAGGAAGAGCGCAGGGUGUUCCAGUGAAUCAGAGCCCAUCUCCUCUCCUAACAACAACAUUCGCGGCUAUCAGUCUCCAGAUAUCAGCCCUGCUCUCAGUAAAGGUGGAAAAAAGGUCGCCUCCAAGCCGCUCUCUCCUAAACUCAGGAAGAAAUCAUUUAAGACGCAGGCAGAUAUUCAGAACGCAUCCUCCUCUUCUCCUCCACCUCUUCCUUCUUCCUCUCCCCCAGCGGAGAGGUGUGACGCUCGACUGGCAGAUGGAAAGGAGCCGAGAGCACCCUACCCACACUGCAGCCCACUCAGCACAGCGAGCCAGGGGUCAGCCCUGACCGACCUCAGUCAGUCUGCACAGAACCUGCCCGAUCCAGGAACAGAUAGACUUAUGAGUUCAGUGUCUGUUCUCCCUCCUCACCCUCCCUUGACGAGUGCUGCGCGCAAGCUGGCGUUGGCUCUGGCUGAAUCUGCCCAGAAGGCCAGCAGUGGCUCCCAGAGAAGAAACAACGUCCCAUCGCACCCCCUCCAGAGACCGGAAGCCCCUCACGCCCAGGACAGACCGCCCCGGCCCUCCGUUCUCGAUCUGAAAGUGUACCCCCAGGAGUACUGCGGCCCUCAUGUCUCCUCUGCUUCCCAGUGGCAGACGUCAGCUCACAGCCCUGUGAAGAGCCACCGCUGCCCUCAUCCCGUUCAUUUCCGAGCCGCGCACCCCGGCUCGGAGCCGUCACAGGUCGUUGACAGACAGGAAAGCGCGGGCAAUUUCACACCUAAUGUCAGCCCGCUCGGGUCAGGGAGCUUGGAUGAAGGCAGCGCAGAGAGGAGGGACCGCGUGGAGGAAAAAGAGUUCAUAGACGCCUCAGAAGCAGAACCAACCUAUCAGAGCGUUGGGGUUUCAACCCCCACCCAGCCCGUCUGCUCCGCUCAGAGCCCGUCAACUUCUCCCGUAUAUGUGAACACCGACUCUAUCAAUGUAUUUAAUUUCCGCGCUGUUCUGGCGGAGACCUCCAUACCUGCCUCAAUCGAGGAGGUCAUUCCACGUCCAUUACAGCCCUCCUCAACCCAUCGCUACAGCCCAGAGGAGGACCGACCUCGGGGCCUGGUCGAGGACGUCUACAGCAAUCAUCAUCAUCAUCAUCAUCACCAUCAUCAGCCGAUUCUAACAGGGCGAAUGCCUCCACCUCACUGCCCUCGGCCCGAUGCUCUGCCACAUCACCUUUUGGGACGAAAAAGCAUGUACAGGCAGUCCUCUGAAGGCCGCUACAGCACUUUAGGGUUAAGGCACCCUUUGUCACCUCAAUACAGACGUUGCCACAGAGAUGAGCACCUUAUCAGUGGCUACCACAGGCAACCAGGCCAAUGGCAGAGGUCGGAAGAUAGAGUGGUCGGGCACCCGGCCAUCCGGAGGGCUCGCUCCUUCCACGCCCCUCACAUUAGUCACUACGAGCUGGCGGAGGCAGAAGUCCUUCCCCCUGACACCAUGUUUUAUGUUGAGCAGACGUCGAGCCAGGAAGUGCCCUACGAGAGGCUGAUUCAGACCGGCAUCCACCCUGUCCGGCAGCAGUUUGAGAACACACGUGCUGACUAUCGUUACAGCCCCUACUCUGAAAUUAACCCAGUAGAUGUCUCCGGCUAUUACGUAGAGCCCUGCCGGCAAAGCAGUGUCCGACACAGUCAGUCUUACACGAUGCGUUCCACAAGGGAAAGUGGACAAUCGGAUUACUACAACUACUCUCCUCACCAAAUCCCUCCUGUGAACAGGGAGCUUUACAUAGAAAGCAGGGACACUGUCGUUUACGAGGCUCGAGAUGCAGACCUUUUCGAAAGAGUCGUAUAUCAACCGGUCAAGCAGGAGAGUCACUCCAGACGUAAAAACGCAUGUCCCGCGGUGUCUCCUUACGAGAGCCCCGUCUCGCCGACUGACGCGAGAAACCGAGACAUAAUGCACACAAGAAGCACGUCGGACCCCGGAAACGCCUGCCUCCUCUCGGCCAACAGGACAGAGAGCCCAAAUGUUGCGGUAGCUUCAUCCCCAACUUCUCAACGGGCAGAACCUGAGGUCGCCAGGCAGCAGCACGAUCACCGGUCGAGUGCGGAGCCGAGACCGGCCAGGCGGAUCCAGAUCAAAGAGAGCUCCUCGCGGCAGCCACCGCUUCGCAAAGUCCCCUCGCUUCCAGAAAGGGGCUGUUCUAACCUCAAGAACACGGAGCACAAUAACAGAACUCCCACACAGGGUCACGACCAGGAUCGAUUCAUGAUGACCAACGCUGUCAACAGCUACUCUGGUGCUGUGAAACCCAGCAUCCUCAGGAGGCCGGGGAGGUCGCAGAGCACUCGAGAAAACCGUCACUACUAUCAUUACCAAGCCAAAUCCCCUCUGGAUCCUGAACAUCUGGGAUCCUUUUCCACUCAGCCCAACAGAAGGACUCAGAGCACUAAAGUCAGGCCCACACAAUAUGACCACAAUGAGGGGUAUUACGCAGCGCCCAGACCUAAAGCUACAAGAUCCGGUAAAGCCGCGGCCGGAUAUAUGGCUGGCCAGGGCUGCAUGUCUCCCCGCGGGCAGAGACUCCUGGCCAAGGCGCUGGGUCAGGAAGCUUUUUAUCACGCUGCACUGAGAUCAGAAGCCGGGGUCUACGACUGAUUCUGACCACUGGUUUUAUCCGAUUCCACAUUGGGGCCAAAGGAGAACAGCACUUUAUCCUCUGCCAGACCGGCAGACUGUUGUGUUGAAAGUGUGUUUGUUUUAACCGUCUGGAGCUGCUAAAAAGUGUGAAGUGAGGCUACUGCUCAUACUGUCGCCGUCACUGGUAGUUUCAUAUUUUGCAACGGCUUUUGAGUGAGCUCAAAGGGAACAAGUCAAUCAUAUGCAGAUGCAGAUAUUGUCUUAAAAAUGUAUUUGAAAGUAACACUUAGAGAGGCAUGUUUUACAAAACGAUGGCUUAUAUAUUUUAUUUAAUGUUAAAACAACAAGAGAUGCCAAGCUAGAGUUAUCGGUUUUAUUAAUAUGAUUUCAGUAUAGGAAGGUGUAUAAAAUAACAUUAAUUUUAAAUGUAUUAUAUUUGUAUAAAUAACACACACCGCUAACAUGUGGCCAAUGUACUGUACAUUUUGUUUUCUAUUCUAGUCUGCUCAGACCUUAACAAGCACUUUUGAGGAUAACUGUGUAUGAAACACACUGUCUCCACGUGAUGUACAUGAAGCCUCUUGAUAUACAGUAUUUUUUCCUUCUAUAUGCUUGCUUUGAAUCAUCGUUAAAUAAUAAAUUAGCACUUUUGGGGGGUGAGACGGAAGAUGACCUCAUGGUUUCUAACUUUUUACUUUUUUUUUCUUUAUCAUUUAUAAUGCAAUCUUAAAAUAACAAUGAGUGCUAUGAUUUCUGUUACGGUCACGGCUACCAUGGCGAAAUAUGCUACACAUACAGUAAAUGCAAAUUAGCUCAUUCAGCUCAGUGAAAAAGUGUAUUUUGUAUGGCAUUGUGGUUUUGUCACAAAAAUGAACUUUUCUUUCCUCUUUUAGGGAACUUUUAACAAUGUGGUGUUUUACAUAAAAUAUGAUGUUGUUUUGAGUCAUUAAAGAGGCUGUUUCAAAUCCAAACACCUAGAUGGGGAUAUUCUGUUAAGACAUGUUGAAUUUGUUAUUUUAGUGAGUCUUUAAAAAAGAAAAAUAAAGAUAUAUUGUCAAUGAUUA